AAAACAUUAUAGGAAACGAACAACACCAGCUACAGAACGGUGCUCACGUGAAACAGUCAAGAACAAAGCAGAGGACACCUUCCUAAGACCAGAAAGCCCCAGCUGACUUUCCAUGACCAUGACAAAAGUUUACAAGAAGACUAGUGGCAAUGGUUCGUUAUGCCUUUAUUUGGGGAGAAGAGACUUUGUGGACCAUGUGGAACGUAUUGAUCCAGUUGAUGGGGUGCUCAAGAUUGAUCCUUCAGCUCUUAAUGGAAGGAAAGUGUGGGUACAGCUUGCAUGUGCAUUCCGCUAUGGCAGAGAGGAUCUGGAUGUGAUUGGCGUUUCCUUCAGAAAAGACAUCUGGAUAAAGCGCAUUCAGAUGUAUCCCUUCGAGGGAACCAAGCCCCCAAACACACCAAUGCAGGAUGCGCUAUUGAAGAAAGCUGGAGACCAAGGACACCCAUUCACUUUUGAUAUUCCAGUACAUCUCCCAUGCUCAGUGUCCCUUCAGCCAGCACCAGAGGAUGCCGGGAAGCCUUGCGGGGUAGACUAUGAAGUCAAAGCCUAUAUUGCAAGUGAAGAAGACGAGACAGAUGAAAAAGUUGACAAGAAGGACACUUGCCGUUUGAUUAUACGUAAAAUCCAGUAUGCACCAAAUGAGCUAGCAGCCGGACCAAAAACCGAUCUCAACAAACAGUUUAUCACUGCAGACAAACCAAUUCACAUGGAGGCCUCCAUUGAGAAAGAGCUCUACUAUCACGGAGAUCCCAUUCCUAUCAAAGUGAAAGUAAAUAAUGAGACCAGUAAAGUAGUGAAGAAAAUCAAAAUCAGUAUUCACCAAAUUACAGAUGUACUGCUGUACUCAUCAGACAAAUACAACAAAUGUGUCCUGAAUGAAGAAUUUGGGGACCAAAUUAAUGCAAACUCCACCUUUGAGAAGGAAUAUAAAGUUACCCCUCUGCUUGCCAAUAACAAAGAGAAACGUGGUCUUGCAUUGGAUGGCAAACUGAAAGAUGAAGACACCAACCUGGCUUCUUCAACAAUUCUGCUACCCAACAUGGAUAAACAAAUGCAAGGCCUUGUUGUUUCCUACAAAAUUAAGGUUACCCUCAUGAUGGGAGGUGGUCUCUUGGGAAGCCUAACAUUAAGUGAUAUUACCGCUGAACUCCCUCUGGUUCUGAUGGCACCUAAACCAUCAGAAGUGACUGAUAUCAACCUUGAAUAAAAUAUAGCCAGUGACGGAGAGCAGCAAAUAAGAAGGAGAGACACUCAGGAAUAGAUGCAGAUUCCAAACAAUCUCAUUUCAUGAGCCAUAGACUAUAGACCCUAGUUGCAAAUACUUGUAAAAGGAAUUAGCUGUAUAAUGUUACACAUGGGCUAAAAGCCUUGUACACUAAGAUGAACUCACUGAUGCUGAAAUCAAGCUUGGUCUGAUGCUGAUAAUGUAAUGUUUAUUUAUUCUGCCUUUAUCAUGGGAUCUCAGAUUAAUAAUGUUCUGGUUUCUUCUUGUGUGUGAUUGUAAAAUAAAGGAGUAAUGAACAACUUUAAAUGUAUUAAAAUUAUACAAAAUAAUAUAUACAUAUACAUGUUUUUUUUCUUUUUCUGUCUGUGGUGAUGGUGGAGAUUAAUAAACAUUGGACUGUUAUUUGGACCACUACCAAAAAUCUUU